CAAGAAACCGAAAUUAGAAUGCUGGAAGUGUGGUAAAACAGGCCACUUCAAGAGGGAUUGUCGCUUCGUUAAAAAGCACGAUAACGCGAAUGCAAGUGGUUCAGGAAAGGGGUCUAAGGACCAAUCCGAAAACCAAGGAUGAUGCUACCGCAUGGUGGAUUGAUUCUGGCGCCACUACACAUGUUUGCAAGGAUCGUUUCUGGUUCAAGACUUUUGUUCCAGUGGAAGAUGGUUCUGUCCUCUACAUGGGAGAUGAUCACUUCGCUCCCGUUGAAGGCAAAGGAAACGUGGUGUUAGAAUUCAGUUCCGGAAAAACUAUUACUUUGUUUAAUGUUUUGUAUGUUCCUAAAUUACGAAAGAAUUUAAUUUCUGGCCCUGUAUUAAAUAAACUUGGAUACAAGCAAGUGUGUGAAUCAGAUAAAUAUGUAUUAUCAAAGUCUGGUGUGUUUGUAGGAUUUGGAUAUUAUAAUAAUGGUAUGUUUAUGAUGAAUUUGAAUGGAGUUCCUAAUGAUUCUGGUUCUAAAAGUGUAAAACUUGCAUGUUAA